AUGAAUACACCCACCAAGUCUGGUGGUGAUAGGAGCAGAACUCCCGGUGCUACAACGCCUUUUCGUGAACGUGCGAUUGAAGAGAGAAGAUUGAAGGAUGAGCUACUCCUGAGUGCUACUCCCGGGCUGAAAAGGCUGUCAGACCCUCAAAGCGAUCAUGGAAUGGUUAUAAAUAAUCCUGAAGACGUUAAAUCAUACUUAAGAGACCUAAGUGCGGUGUUGGCAUUGCAGGACAGGAAAAACUUGACGCAAGUUUUGGCUAAUGAGGAAGAAUUGCCCUCUGACGAGACGUCAGAAUAUGCUGGCGAGGAGCAAGAAACUGUAGAUGAGUCUAGAAAUGAUUUGAGGGGAUCUGUAUUUAGUCAGUUAAAAUUGGGCGAACAUCGAUUGAAGGUUAGAAGGAUUCUGGAGCCGCUUGUUAUCGAGGAUACAGAUAUAACACAGGAAAACUAUGGCAAUGCUGUAGAAGUGAUUGAUGAGCCCGAGCCUGAGCCAGCUGACGUGGAAACACAAGAGAGUUCUAGUCCGGGAGGGCCCGUUGUAGACGAAGUGAUCCCAGAAGAGCUCGACCAACCGGAGCCUAUCGUAAUCGAUGAAUCCAGCUUUACAGAUUCAGAACCAGAAGAUGUGGAACCGCUUCCCAAGUUCCAAAUGAAGCAGUGCCUGAGGUCUUUCAUCGAUACAGAAGGCAUAGAAUUGAAGACACUGUCAUGGGCGGCUUUACAGAAAGCAUCAGAAACUCUGCUAAAGGGAAUGGCCGCGGAGCUGCUUGAUGAAGACAAAAGAAUUGUUCCUGAUAGACAAAAUAUACUUCAUGCGUUUGAAAAGUUCAAGGUGGUACCGAAGAAUUCAACUAACGAAGCUCUUUUCGAGAUUUGCUGCAAAUAUUUAACUUUGGAAGAUCUCAACGAUUUGGAGGCAGCAUUAUUUCUUUAA